GAGCACUCGGUUCAAAGGUUCCGCAGGCGAACGCGGAGAACCAAGAGCAGCUGAAGUUUUCGAUGCGCCUGCGCAGCAUCUUCCCGUUCUCCACUCCCACCCGGACUCCGCGCCGCCCGCUGGGGACGUUAACGAUUGGACAAGGAGAGGGCGGGCUCUUAUGCUUGUGCCUCCGCUUCCGGUUCCAGAGCCCCGAUAAUUGGUUGGUGGUCUUUCCCAAAGGUGGAUGGAGACGCGAGCCCCGUUUCCACCUGCUGCUACCUUUCCCCUGUUGCUGCACUCACCCUUCUACUGGGGUUUGGCGGCUGGGUCACUGGAGACGACGUUCGGGGAGGGCCCUCAGCCCCUGCCAUGGAUGAUGGCGGUUCCCGUAUCCGCCGGCGGGUGUCUGUCCGCAAAAGGAACCGAUUUAGCACAGAGAGCGUUUUGGCCGCCCCCACCGCAGCCGAGCUUAAGCCCGGUGAUGAGAAGGAAGAGGAGGAAAUGGUGGCUGGGAGCCGGCGGCGGAAAACCGUGGACGUGCAGCCAGUCGAGAAUAUUGACAGUGAAGAGGACAUGUUUGGUGACUAUGAUAGUUUUGCUGAAAACUCUUUUUUAGCUCAAGUUGAUGACCUGGAACAAAAAUAUAUGCAAAUUCCAGAACAAGAGGAGCAUGCUACAGAUCAUGCCCCUGAAGAUCUUUGUUCAGAAAGCAUUAAACACAGCAUCCUCAGCAGUAACACUGUAGGCGACUUCACUGGAGUAAAAACAGAGGAGCACACAAAGAACCAGAGUGGGCAUGAAGAUGUCGCUACUGAACCUGAAGCUGAUCUUUUGUAUGAUGUACCUUCUUCACAGAUGUUAUUCUUUGAACAUUUGCACAGCUCUUCAAAUAACUUGGGCGAUCCAUCUCUUAAAGAGAGGGAUAGGGGUUCAUCCUCUCACAAGACUGUGAAUGAGGAAUUGCCCGUUAGUAGCAUAGAGGAACCGCAGCAAAUUGAUGACUCCUCUUCUAAAGUCAGAACUAGUUCAGAUGGGAACAGGAGACAAAGUCUUAAAGAUCAUUUAAAAAGCGCCAUGGCUGGAAAUGCCAGGGCCCACACAUCGGUAUUUUCCAGGACUAAACAGCUCAAAGAGACUCUUCUAUCUGAAGAAAUUAAUGUUGCCAAGAAAACAAUUGCGUCAUCCUCGGAUGACCUUGGUCCUUUUUAUUCUUUACCCAGCAAAGUGAGAGACCUUUAUGCUCAGUUCAGGGGAAUUGAAAAAUUAUAUGAAUGGCAGCAUACUUGCUUAACACUGAAAUCUGUGCAAGAAAGAAAAAAUUUAAUAUAUUCCUUGCCGACAAGUGGUGGAAAAACCCUCGUGGCUGAGAUUUUAAUGCUGCAAGAACUGCUUUGCCGACGAAAAGAUGCUUUAAUGAUCCUACCAUAUGUGGCAAUCGUUCAAGAAAAGAUUGCAGGUUUGUCAAGUUUUGGUAUAGAACUGGGUUUCUUUGUUGAAGAAUAUGCUGGAAGCAAAGGAAAAUUUCCUCCAAUUAAAAGAAGAGAAAAGAAAUCACUGUAUAUUGCCACUAUCGAAAAAGGCCACAGUCUGGUGAACUCCUUGAUUGAAACCGGCAGGAUUGGCGGCCUGGGUCUGGUUGUUGUAGAUGAGUUGCACAUGAUCGGUGAGGGAAGCCGUGGGGCUACACUGGAAAUGACUCUGGCAAAAAUCCUCUACACUAGCAAAACGACUCAGAUUGUUGGUAUGAGUGCAACAUUAAACAACGUGGAGGACCUGCAAGCCUUCCUGCGAGCAGAGUAUUACAGCAGUUGGUUUAGACCAGUUGAGUUAAAAGAAUAUCUGAAAAUAAACGACACAAUCUAUGAGGUGGACAGCAAAGCUGAGAAUGGCAUGACUUUUUCUCGUCUUCUUAAUUAUAAGUAUUCGGACACUCUGAAAAAGCUGGACCCUGAUCACUUGGUAGCAUUGGUGACAGAAGUCAUUCCCAAUCAUUCCUGCUUAGUUUUUUGUCCCACAAAGAAGAACUGUGAAAAUGUAGCAGAAAUGAUAUGCAAAAUUUUAAGCAAGGAAUAUCUGAAACACAGAGAGAAAGAAAAACAUGAAUUGCUUAAGAACUUGAAAGCCAUCAGCGGGGGCAGCGUGUGUCCUGUGUUAAAGCACACCAUCCCAUUUGGCGUUGCUUAUCACCACAGUGGUUUGACAAAUGACGAAAGGAAGCUCUUGGAGGAAGCCCACUCCGCAGGAGUUCUCUGCCUUUUGACCUGCACAUCCACCCUGGCAGCAGGCGUUAACCUACCAGCUCAAAGGGUUAUUUUAAGAGCCCCCUAUGUUGCUAAGGAAUUUCUGAAGAGGAAUCAGUAUAAACAGAUGAUUGGCAGAGCUGGCCGUGCUGGAAUAGAUUCUGUUGGGGAGAGCAUCCUUAUAUUUCAAGAAAAAGACAAGCAACAGGUAUUGGAGUUAAUAAGCAGACCGUUGGAAAACUGUUACAGCCGUCUUGUGCAAGAAUUCACCAAGGGAAUCCAAACUUUGUUUCUCUCUUUGAUUGGCUUGAAGAUUGCAACGACUCUUGGUGACAUAUAUCACUUUAUGAGUGGUACCUUUUUUGGUGUGCAGCAAAAGAUCUUGUUGAAAGAAAAAAGUCUAUGGGAAAUAACUGUCGAGUCCCUUAGAUACUUGACAGAAAAAGGACUCCUACAGAAAGACACUGUUUUGACAGAAAAAGGACUUCUGCAAAAAGAUACUGUUCAGGGGUCCGAGGAAGAGUUCCAGUAUAGCUUUCGUAUUACGAAGCUGGGACGAGCUUCUUUUAAGGGGACUAUAGAUCUGGCUUAUUGUGACAUCCUCUACAGAGACUUGAAAAAAGGUCUCGAAGGGCUUGUGCUUGAAAGCCUGCUUCAUCUAAUCUACCUGACAACUCCCUAUGACAUGGCUUCGCGGUGCGACCCUGACUGGAUGGUAUACUUCAGGCAGUUUAGCCAGCUCAGUCCUGCAGAACAGAAUGUAGCUACUCUGGUUGGAGUCUCUGAGAACUUUAUUGGGAAGAAAGCAUCAGGUCAAGCCAUCAAGAAGAAGGUGGACAAGACCAUCGUCAACAGACUCUACCUGUCUUUUGUCCUGUAUACCUUGCUCAAAGAGACCAGCGUGUGGCGUGUGUCUGAAAAAUUUAAUAUGCCUCGAGGACAUAUACAAAAUCUUCUUUCUGGAGCUGCGGCAUUCUCCUCGUGCGUGUUGCAUUUCUGUGAGGAACUGGAGGAGUUCUGGGUCUACAGAGCGCUUUUGGUGGAACUGACCAAGAAGCUGACUUACUGUGUAAAGGCGGAGCUGAUCCCUCUCAUGGAAGUGGCUGGAGUGUUAGAGGGUCGAGCAAAACAGUUAUACAAUGCUGGUUAUAAAAGUCUGGCACACUUAGCUAAUGCAGAUCCUGAAGUGCUGAUAAGGACCAUUGAUCAUUUAUCCAGACGCCAGGCCAAGCAAAUUGUUUCAUCAGCCAAGAUGCUGUUGCAUGAAAAAGCAGAGGCUUUGCAAGAAGAAGUGGAAGAGUUAUUGAGAUUACCUUCUGAUUUCCCUAGUAUUACGGCCUCUUCCAUUGAAAAGGCAUGAAGCUGUCCAAUGAGCAUUUUUAUAUAUGAAUUAUUUAUUAUAUAUAUGUUUUAUUAAAGACUCCCUCUAAUUUAUAAACGAAAAAAUAUAUUUUAAUUAUAAAGAA